UUUCGACAUUUCAGUGAAAGUUUUUAAAGUCUCUCGCUAGUAUUGAAUUUUAUUAUCCGAUACUUACCUUCGUUUUCUAACAUAUUUUGCCGUUGAAUUGUCUCGAAUUUCGUUACCAGAUUCCACAGCAAAAUAUCAAAAUUUUCAAAGAAUCGUUCCAAGCCCAGAACACAUUUUGUAUUAAUUUAUAAAGUAUUGUUUUAUUUGUAGAAUAGAUUUAAAGAUGACAGGACCAGCAAUUGGAAUUGACUUGGGUACCACAUACUCCUGUGUGGCGGUAUACAAGGACAAUAACGUAGAAAUCAUCCCAAAUGACCAGGGAAACAGGACAACGCCGUCCUACGUCGCAUUCACUGACACCGAAAGAUUAAUCGGUGACGCAGCAAAAAACCAAGAAGCCCGUAACCCAGAAAACACAAUUUUCGACGCCAAGAGGCUCAUUGGCAGGAAGUUUGACGACAGAACAGUCCAGGAGGACAUGAAGCACUGGCCAUUCAAAGUUACCAACGGACCAAACGGAAAGCCGAACAUUGAAGUGACCUUCCAAGGUGAAAAGAAGACCUUCCACGCAGAGGAGAUAUCCUCCAUGGUCCUUACCAAGAUGAAGGAAAUAGCCGAAGCCUUUUUGGGAAAGAGCGUCAAGGACGUCGUCAUCACCGUUCCAGCCUACUUCAACGACUCUCAAAGACAAGCAACCAAGGACGCCGGAACCAUAGCCGGACUCAAUGUCAUGAGGAUCAUCAACGAGCCAACUGCAGCAGCCAUAGCCUACGGUUUAGAUAAGAAGGGCGGCGGUGAGAAGAACGUUUUAAUAUUCGAUUUGGGUGGUGGUACCUUCGAUGUUAGCAUAUUGACCAUAGAAGAUGGUAUCUUCGAAGUCAAGGCCACAGCAGGUGAUACUCACUUGGGUGGAGAAGACUUUGACAACCUCUUGGUCGAGCACUGUGUCCGCGACUUCAUGCGCUUGAACAAUGGAAAGAACAUCUCAUCAAACAAGAGAGCUCUAAGGAGACUAAGGACCCACUGUGAACGUGCAAAGAGAGUACUCUCAAGCUCAACCCAGGCCACCAUUGAACUCGACUCUCUAUACGAGGGCAUUGACUACAACACCACCAUUAGCAGGGCAAGGUUCGAGGAGCUCUGUAACGAGAAGUUCAGAAGCACACUGGUUCCAGUUGAGAAGGCACUUGAGUCCUCAGGACUUGACAAGAGAAGCAUCCACGAAGUCGUGUUAGUCGGUGGAAGUACCAGAAUUCCCAAGAUCCAAACCCUCAUCAAGAACUUCUUCAACGGAAAGGAGCCAUGCAGGUCAAUCAACCCAGACGAAGCAGUUGCCUACGGUGCAGCAGUCCAAGCCGCCAUCUUGUCUGGAAACCAGUCUGAGAAGAUCCAGGAAUUGCUCCUGUUGGAUGUCGCUCCAUUGUCGCUUGGUUUGGAAACCGCAGGUGGUGUUAUGACUGUCUUGAUCAAGAGAAACACAACCAUCCCAACCAAGAAGAACCAAAUCUUCACAACCAACGAGGAUAGGCAAGAAGGUGUUUUGAUUCAGGUGUUUGAAGGUGAACGUGCAAUGACCAAGGACAACAACUUGCUCGGAAAGUUCCACCUAACAGGAAUCGCUCCCGCUCCAAGAGGUGUUCCUCAAAUUGAAGUCACCUUCGACAUUGACGCAAAUGGUAUCUUGAACGUCACCGCCAUGGACAAGUCGACUGGAAAGUCGGAACACGUCACCAUCACCAACGACAAGGGCCGCUUGAGCCAGGAAGAAAUUGACAGAAUGGUUGAGGAGGCUGAGAAGUACAAGGAGGAGGACGAGAAGCGCAGGAAGUGCGUUGAGAGCAAACAUAAGCUUGAAAACUACUGCUACAGCAUGAAGAACACCCUCAGUGAGGACCAGGUUAAGCAGAAGCUGGGCGCCGACGAAGUUGACAACGCACUCAACACAAUCACCGAAGCACUCAAAUGGGUUGAAACCAACCAGUUAGCCGAACACGACGAAUUUGAAGACAAGCUCAAACACGUUGAAGGCGUAUGCAACCCACUGGUGACCAAGCUCUACCAAUCAGGCGGAGCACCAGGCGCCGGACCAGACAUGGGCGCUGGGUUCCCAGGCGGAGCCCCUCCACCCUCCUCAUCCUCAGGACCAACUGUUGAGGAGGUGGACUAAGCGCAUUAUCUCUUACUCAUUUUAUCACUUAUAUGCAAAAGAAAAUGUAAUGGUAGUAACUAAUCUAUUAAU